AUGGCCGUAGAGGGCGGCGGCGAGCAUGAGCAUGAGCAUGAGCAUGAGCAUGAGCAUGGCAGGGACAAGGAGCACGAACACGAUGAGGCGUCGGUGGAGGCACUUUUCGCGGGGCAGUCGCCGGCGCCGUGGUGGCGGCAGGUGACGGUGCGUUCGGUGAUGGCGAGCGUGUUCAUCGGCGCCGUGUUCAGCUUCAUGGCGAUGAGGAUGGGGCUGACCAUCGGCCUGGUGCCGUCCUUCAACAUGUCAGCGAGCCUGGUGAGCUUCUUCACGAUCAGCUCGUGGACGCGGCUGCUGGGCCGCUGCGGCGUGGCCACCCAGCCCUUCACCCGCCAGGAGAACGUGGUGGUGCAGACCUGCGUCAUCGCCUGCGCCACGCUCGCGCUCUACGGCGGCUUCACGUCCUUCCUGCCGGCCAUGUCGGCGCCCGUGGCGAAAUCGGCCGGCGGCCCAGGCACGGGCAACAACGUGUACUCGCUGCAUCUCGGCAAGAUGAUGGCAUUCAGCUUCCUCACCGGCUUCACCAGCUUGUUUAUCACGCUCCCAUUGACCAAGGUCAUGAUCCUGGACUACAAGCUGCUGUUCCCAUCCGGUUCGGCGAUAGCUGGACUUGUCAACAGCUUCCACACGCCAGCGGGCGCAGCAACAGCAAAAUUGCAGAUAGCGACUCUGCUGAGAUCUCUAGGAGGAAGCUUCAGCUGGGCGGUGUUCCAGUGGUUCUACACUGGAGGCGACGGCUGCGGCUUCCAGGCUUUCCCUCUCUUCGGCCUCGAGGCCUACAAGAAGCGCUUCUACUUCGACUUCUCUCCCAGCCUCGUCGGCAUCGGCAUGAUCUGCCCCCCCAUGGUCAACUUCUCGCUGCUCUUCGGCGCCGUCGUCUCCUCGGCGAUCCUCUGGCCCAUCCUGCAGGGCAAGGCGGGGACAUGGUACGACGCCAAAGCCUCGCCGUCCAGCCUCAAAGGACUCAACGGCUACAAGGUGCCCAUGGGCAUCUCCUUGGUGCUCGGGGACUGCCUCUUCCAGCUCACCGCCGUCAGCAUCAGGACAGCACGGAGCUUCCACCGUGCCCAAGGCGGCGGCCAGCAGGAUUCCGCCGCCGCCGACGAUCAUCAGUCCUUGUCGUACGACGACCGGCGCAGGAUCCACAACUUCCAGAGCGAGGGGAUGCCCAUCCAUGUCGCGCUCGCAGGCUACGCGCUCCUGGCAGCCAUCGCCACCGUCUUCCUCCCCGGCAUCUUCCCGCAGAUCAGGUUCUACCACGUGGCCGUGUGCUACGCCAUCGCCCCCCUCAUGGCGUUCUGCAGCUCCUACGCUUCCGGCCUCACAGACUGGUCUCUCGGCACCAUCUACGGCAAGCUCGCCAUCUUCGUCUUCGGGGCGUGGGUCGGUGAGGCGUCCGGCGGCGCAAUCGCCGGCCUCCUCGCCGGCGGCGUCGUGGUCGUCGUCAUCGGCAACUCCUCCGAGCUCAUGCACGACUUCAAGUCGGCCUACCUGACGCUCACCUCGCCGCUGUCCAUGUUCGCCAGCCAGGUGAUCGGCACCACGCUGGGCUGCAUCAUCAACCCGCUCCUCUUCCUCGGCUUCCAGGAGAUGGCCGGUGGCAAGGACCACCUGGGGGAAGCUGGGUCGCUCUACGCCGCACCCAUGGCCAUGGCGUACCGCGGCAUCGCCGACCUCAGCGUGGAGGGCAUGAAGAUGCUCCCCAAGCACUCCUUCAUGCUCUGCAUACCUUGCUUCCUCGUGGCGCUGUGCUUCGACGCCCUGGCGGCCAUCGCCACAGCGAACGACUGGAGGAUCAAAGGCUACGUCCCAAACAUCAUGGCCAUGUCCAUCCCCUUCUUCGUCGGACCGACCUUCGCCAUAGACAUGUGCCUGGGAAGCCUCAUAGUCAUCUUCUGGAGGAGAAGGAAUAAGCAAACAGCAAACCUGCUCUCAGUUGUGGUGGCGUCUGGUUUGAUCUGUGGCGACGGGCUCUGGGCGCUGCCAUCUUCGCUCCUCGCCAUCUUCAAAGUCGAGCCGCCUAUCUGCAUGAAGUUCCUGUCCAUCUACCAGACUGAACAGAUCCGCAAACAUUAUCCUGACAUUGGUAUUGUAAAUUAG